AUUGUCCGAUCAUUCUGCUCUAACACAACGCAACAUUGCUGCACAAAAUUUAAAACGUCAAGCGAACAGGAUGGUGCCAGAGGCAAAAGCAUCCUCCCUCCCUUAAAAGUUGAUGACAAUGUUCUGGUGUCAAUCCCGUCGGUGAAUCGAGGGCGAGGAUAUGCAGCCAACCUUCUUUCAGUUGUAAUAGAAGAAAAAGAUGGAAAAUUUCGUAUCACAACUAGAGAAAGGAUUCUGAGUACAUGCCACAUGAUUGGAGCGGAACAGUUUGACUGCUACGAAGUACUCUUCCCUAACGAUUGCAGACGUUCAAUCAAAUGAAUAUUCAUUAUAGGAACUCGUUG